AUGUGCACGCCCAUCAAAGCCCUCUCCAACCAGAAGUACCGCGACUUCAAGAAGGAGUUCUCGGAUGUGGGACUCCUCACAGGUGACGUUCAGAUCGACUCGGACUCGAAAUGUCUGGUAAUGACGACCGAAAUUCUGCUGCAAAUGCUGUACAACAGGUCUGAAGUGAUCUCCAACUUGGAGUUCGUGGUGUUCGAUGAGUGCCAUUACGUGAAUGACCCGGAAAGGGGUCACGUCUGGGAGGAGGUGUUCAUUCUGUUGCCACAGACAUGCAGUUUAGUGCUGUUGUCGGCAACGGUUCCAAAUGUGGUUCAGUUCGCCGAUUGGUUGGGAAGGACUCGCAAGAAGAAGACGUAUGUGGUGUCCACUCGCAAACGACCCGUCCCUUUGCGACAUUACCUCUAUGUGGGAAGAGAUAAGAAGUCACAACACGACAGACAUAUGAUUGUCGACGAGAACGGAGUGUUUAUUAACGAUAACUAUAAGAUGUGUGAAGAACUCAUAGACGGCUACAAACAAAAGUUUGGUUAUAUUAAGAGAUGUCCGCAAACCGAACGACAGAUUUAUCUCAAUUUGAUCCGACAUUUGCAAGAGAAGGAUAAAUUGCCGGCCAUUUUGUUUACAUUAUCUCGAAAUAGAUGUGACUCUAAUCUGGAGAACCUGAUGGCCAUCAGUAGUGAUUCCUUUCAAUUGAUUAGCAAAGCAGAGGAGUCACGCAUUCAUAGCUUUGUUUGGCAUCACUUGAGACAACUCAAGAGCUGUGACCAGAAGUUGCCUCAAAUUGUGAGAACUGUUGAAAUGCUUAAAAGGGGUUUAGGUGUCCAUCACUCAGGAGUGCUUCCAAUCCUUAAAGAAUUAACGGAAAUAUUAUUUUCUGACGGUUUGAUCAAAGUAUUGGUAGCAACGGAGACGUUUGCGAUGGGCGUGAAUAUGCCGGCGCGGACUGUAGUGUUCGACUCCAUCGACAAACACGACGGACACAACUGGAGGGAUUUGCUGCCAUCCGAGUACAUCCAGAUGGCCGGGAGGGCCGGGCGUCGCGGCAAAGACGCGAACGGCACUGUCAUCAUCCUCUGCAAGUACGACAUCCCCGACUCACCCCGUCUCACUCGUAUGAUUCAGGGCUGUGCCACUCAAUUGGUCUCUCAGUUCAGACUCACGUAUCACAUGAUAUGCAACAUUCAUAAGACUUCGCAAACCGAUGAAACAGAUAUUGAAAAGUUUUUGGAGCGAUCUUUCGGUGAACACAAUCGUCUCAAACAAUCACAGGAUGUGAACAAAGAGUUGCAAUCUUUAAGACAACAGAUUGAGACGCUUCCUGCAAAUGAUUGCAACCAUUGCUCGGAUUUAGAAAAUUUUUGUCUCACUUUUGAAGAGUAUGUCCAAUGUUUGCGAGCAGUUAUGCCUACCAUUUGUCAGAGGGCUCUGGAAAAGGGUCGACUCAACAUCGGCCGCAUAGUUGUUGUGAUCGGCGCUGAGAACCCGUUUGAAAGUGCGCUCAUUGUUCGCGUCAAUAAAGACCGACACAACAACAUCACUGCUUUGACUGUACUCUCAUUGGCCCCAAACAAUGCCACCAAUGGAUUCCAGUUAAGAGAUGUUGCCGUCGAUUGUGUUCAUAAGAUAUUAAACAAACAACUGAAGAAUAAGUCAUUUGAUCCCAAAGUGAUAAUCGAUGAGAAUGAAAAUGUCAAGAAUAAGUAUAAAGCAAAAGAGGAAACACUGAGAGUAGUGGACAUGUUUAGAGACUUGUGUUUAGACACCAAUUACUCCCUUCUCAACACUGACUCUAUUGACCCCAAAACCAAUUUACAGAUCAAAGAAUUGGAUUUAGUCGACAAAAUCAACAAAUAUAUCACUUUUGGCACCAAAUUAUUGACAUUUGAAUGCAUCAAAUGCAGUGAUUUUGUUCUUCACUUUUGCAAAACCAAUCACAAGAUAACUCUUAGGAAGCAAGAGAUUGAUCUCGAGUUUAAGCUCUCGUCACAGAGUUUACAAUUUUUGCCCGAAUAUAAGACUCGGAUCGAAGUGUUGCAAACAAUGCUAUAUUUGAACCAACAUUUAGUACUCGAACUAAAGGGAAGAAUUGCUUGUCUUAUGGCUGAACAUGAAUUGCUUUUAACAGAAAUGUUGACCAAUAAUGUGAUCAGUGAUCUGACGCCACAACAAAUAGCAGCCCUUCUCUCGUGUUUUUCGUUUGCCGAAGUGCUCGACAAGACAUCAGUUCAGGAGGGGAUCAUUGUUCGGUGUAUCCAACGAUUAGAUGAACUCUUAAAGUUUGUUAAGAUGGCGGCCAAUAAGAUGGGCAACAAAGAGCUCGAAGACAAGAUAGAGUUGGCCUCUAAAGCCAUCCGAAGAGAUAUUGUUUUCUGUCAAAACAAGUGA